AGCCGGAGCCGGAGCCGGAGCCGGAGCCUCAGCCUCUCCUGGAAGCUAGUCCGGAGCGGAGGAAUCUAUUGUUAUUUAUUGUGUGGCUGUUGCAUGCAGCAGCGACACAAGCCCUCGCCUAUGAGUGUGUGCGUGUGUGCGCGCGGGUGUGCACGCGGGUGUGCGCGCGAGGGCGAGCGUACGUGUGUAAAGGACAGAAAACACCUUAGUUUGCACCGAGAGACCGUUUGCAGCGGUAUCCCAAGAGCCUUUUCUGAUCAAUUCCAGUUCCUGAAAAAAAGCAUUUGGCAAUGGUGAAGCUUCCAUGGCUCUGCUGUGAGCUGUGGUAGACCAGGAGUGCAGAGGUGUGAUGCCCAAUAGCAAAAAGGAAUCUAGCUGUGUGUUGCUGUCCAACCGUACUAUGCGUGCCACACAACAGUGAUCCCCGACCUUUUUAUGGCUGUGAGCCACUUUAAAAGUUCAGGGGUAAGAAGUGGCCUUCUGGGGUGGCUGUAACUGAAGAUUGCUUUACAGUAACCUAAAAAGGUUUUUGAGUCAUGAUGCAAGAAUCUGGGCCUGAGACAAAAAGCAAUGGUUCAGCCAUUCCGAAUGGAGCAGGCAGCGGCAACCACUUAUUGGAGUGCGGCAGCUUACGCGAAGGGAGAGCAAACGGCGAGACACCGUCGGGGGAGAUUGGCGCGGCAGAUUUAGCACAUAUCCAGCAGCAGCAGAGACAGGCUCUUCAGGUGGCAAGACAGCUUCUUCUACAACAGCAACAAGUUAGUGGAUUAAAGUCCCCCAAGAGGAAUGACAAACAGCCAGCCCUUCAGGUUCCCGUGUCAGUGGCUAUGAUGACACCUCAAGUUAUCACUCCCCAGCAAAUGCAGCAGAUUCUCCAGCAACAAGUGCUCACCCCCCAGCAGCUCCAGGUCCUGCUUCAGCAACAGCAGGCACUCAUGCUUCAACAGCAGCAGCUUCAAGAGUUUUACAAAAAACAACAGGAACAGUUACAGCUCCAACUUUUACAACAACAACAUGCUGGAAAACAGCCUAAAGAGCCACAGCAACAGCAGGUGGCGGCUACCCAGCAGUUGGCCUUUCAACAACAGCUCUUACAGAUGCAGCAGUUACAGCAGCAACACCUCCUGUCUUUGCAGCGUCAGGGCCUGCUGACCAUUCAGCCCGGACAGCCUGGCCUUCCCCUCCAACCGAUUGCUCAAGGCAUGAUUCCAGCCGAACUGCAGCAGCUCUGGAAAGAAGUGACAAGCUCACAUCCAGCGGAAGAAACCCCAAGCAACAACCAUAGCAGCUUGGAUCUGUCUUCCACAUGUGUCACUACGUCCUCUGCACCUUCCAAGACCUCCUUAAUAAUGAACCCCCACGCCUCCACAAAUGGACAGCUAGCACCGGUCCAUACCCCUAAAAGAGAAAGUUUAUCCCAUGAGGAUCACCCCCAUAGCCACCCACUCUAUGGACAUGGCGUAUGCAAGUGGCCAGGCUGUGAAGCAGUGUGUGAAGAUUUCCAAUCAUUUCUAAAACAUCUCAACAAUGAGCAUGCGCUGGACGAUAGAAGUACAGCUCAAUGUAGAGUACAGAUGCAGGUUGUACAGCAGUUAGAACUCCAGCUUGCAAAAGACAAAGAGCGCCUACAAGCGAUGAUGACCCACCUCCAUGUGAAGUCAACUGAACCCAAAGCCACCCCUCAGCCUUUGAAUCUGGUAUCAAGUGUCACACUCUCCAAAACAGCAUCGGAGGCUUCUCCACAGAGCUUACCUCAUACGCCUACUACCCCCACGACACCCAUCACUCCUGUCACCCAAGGACCUUCUGUCAUCACUACCACCAGCAUGCACAAUGUGGGACCCAUCAGAAGGCGGUACUCAGAUAAAUACAAUGUGCCCAUUUCUUCAGCAGAUAUUGCGCAGAACCAAGAAUUUUAUAAGAACGCAGAAGUUAGACCACCCUUUACGUAUGCAUCUUUAAUUAGGCAGGCUAUUCUUGAAUCUCCAGAAAAGCAACUAACCCUAAAUGAAAUCUAUAACUGGUUCACGCGAAUGUUUGCUUACUUCCGGCGCAAUGCAGCAACGUGGAAGGGUGCCAUUCGCACCAACCUCUCCCUGCAUAAGUGCUUUAUCAGAGUAGAGGAUGAGUUUGGGUCCUUUUGGACUGUUGAUGAUGAAGAGUUUAAACGUGGCCGCCAUAUUCAACGAGGCCGUCCUCGAAAAUACUGCCCUGAUGAAAACUUUGACGAGCUUGUUGCACAUAACCCUUCUCUUAUUAAAAAUAUACAGAGCAGCCACGCCUACUGUACACCUCUCAAUGCUGCUUUACAGGCUUCAAUGGCUGAGAAUAGUAUACCUCUCUACACUACUGCUUCCAUGGGAAAUCCCACUCUGGGCAAUUUAGCCAGUGCUAUGAGGGAAGAGCUGAAUGGUGCGAUGGAGCAUACAAACAGUAAUGAGAGCGACAGUAGCCCAGGCCGUUCCCCUAUGCAAGCAAUGCACCCUGUGCAUGUCAAAGAGGAACCUUUAGAUCCAGACGAGAAUGAAGGUCCACUCUCCUUAGUGACAACAGCCAACCACAGUCCAGAUUUUGAUCACGACAGAGAUUAUGAAGAUGAACCUGUAAAUGAGGACAUGGAGUGAAUGUUUGAUAACCUUACCCUGAGAAAUGAAGAUUGGGAAAAAAGAAAAACAAAAACAAAACACGUCAAAGUCCGCUGUGAAAUCUCUCCAUUAUUGUACAGUCUGGGAGAUUUUCACUCCAUUUUGACAACUCUGAAAUGUGUUAACUCUUAGUGCCAUCAAGUAUCCCAUUUGGGAGUAUUUUUGAUUUUUCUACUUUUUGUUGAAAAAAGGAAUUUGUACUCUGUGCAUUGGAUGGACUUGUUUGGUACUUGGGAUUUUCCUCUCUUACAGUCAAUAUCAGUGUUGUAAAUUUGCUAAACUGAUUCACUUACAUUUAGCAGCAGACUUUGGACUGCAGUCCUGCCAAUCACAGACACUGAGGACGUCAGACUGAGCAUGUUCACCCAAACUGCAGAUCAAGCCUUUGCCCGGAUUUUAAGGAUUCCAAUGGACCACAUAUUUGCACAGUACUUACUGCAUGCUGAUUAUCACUGCCUUUACUCCAUUUUUUUUUUUUUUGCUUCCAUUUGGGAUGGGGAAGACCUCUGUGUGUGUAUUGGGGGGUGGGGUUAAAGAAUAAUUAUCCCAAACUUUUUAAUGUAUUGCUUUUUUUUUUUUUUUUUUUUUUGGCUUCUACUAUACCAUUUUAAGUUCUGACCUCAGGCCUCAAUUUGGGCCCAGGGCCUCUUUGAGGCUUUAAUGUUUUCUGUACUCUGUGAUGAAUGUUAAUAGGUGUUUUUAUUAUACAAAGCUGAAUGUCAUUUUCUUGUUUGUAGUUUUCUGUCAUUCAUUCCAAUUUCCUUCAGAUAGCACCUAUGUUUUCUUUAAAUUCAGAAAACAUUCCGUUUUGGUCUUUGCAAGAAGGUCCCAAAUGCUGCACUCUGCCCCAGUGAAGGUUGUCCAACUCCAAAGGAUGAAAUCCUGCAAGAAUGAGAAUGAAUGACAGACAGACAGAGAAACACUGUAGAAAGCAACGCAGAUUCAUUCCACAAAGCAGUAUUUGGGAAUUUUGUCUUAGGGUUGUUUUCUUGGCAGCCACAGUGAUCAUAAAUGCCACCUCAUCUGUAACAUCACCAGGAUAUUUAGCACCAAUUGAAUUCAGUAGCAGCUAGUAUCAGUCAAUCAAAAAGCAUUUAUCUUGCAAGAGCCUACUAUGUGUCGGGCACUAUGCUAGGCACUGGGGACACAGACAAAUAAGAGUGCAGUGGCAGACACUCCCUUGUUUGACACAAGCUUGGAUGGACCACCAGCUCUCUGAAGUAGUCGUAAGGAUCUGUGUAGGGUACCCACAUGGGUUACUUUGUCUGCAAAGUGGUGAAAAAUGUCACAGACUUCACACAAAAUACCAUUCCUGAAAGUAGUGGUGUGGUAACUUAAUGUAGGCAUCCAUCCAUCCAUUAAGGACUGCUUGGUGGCAUUAAUCUGCUUGAAUGCAAAUUCGAUUUCAGAUUGAACUUGUUAUGGAAAUUGUUAAGGACUGAGCCCAGGAAAUGUUAAAGUGUUAACGAUUCCAAUUGUGCAAAUUCUGUACUACGGUUUUGUUGGUUCUGCAAUAUUUCUAUGCCAACUCGGCUCACACAAUCAGAGUGAGAGAUAUAGCGGCGGUCUCAGGACUGGAGCUUGCCUUUUGGAGCUCAGCGGUUGUCAGCACGCACCAUCGGGAGAGAAAGCUGGAAUUCUCCGUCAGUCCCUUCAGUCACGAAACACCUGAGCAUGUUCAUUCUGCAAUCACCGUUGUCACUCAGUUAUUUAUGUAGGAUGGUAGCUUAUUUUUUAUUUUAGUUUGAAAGCCUUUCAGAGCUUAAUUUAUAUUCUCCUUUGUACUUUUUUUCUAAAAUUACCAAAGAUAUUACACAAAGGUAAAUUAUGUUCUCUGUUAUAUGCUUUAUCUUAUGAAGCCAAAUAUCCUCUUCUUGUUGAUCAAAGGAGGUGAAAGAAUUUAGUGGGAAAUGACAAGAUAUGGGCUAUUGGUCACCUGAGAGAGAACUGCUCCUUUAUUCUAUAAUAAAUUUAGAAGGCCAAGUAGGUAAUGGAACCAAAGUUGUUGCUUUUUUUUUUUUCUUUUUGUGCACCUCUACAGUGACUGAAGCUCACUACUGUAAGGAAAAAUUAUGGGGGCUAUCAAGAAUCAAAGUAGGGAACCAGUAUUAAAGGAACUACAGAAAGGAAGAACUCUCCCAUGACAAAAAAAAAAAAAAAGUGAAUGUAUGUUGCAGAAAAUUAGUGUAUCCAAUAAAGGAGACAGUUAAAUAAAAUUCAGAGAGAACAAGAAAAGCUUCCAUGAUUGAACUGGGACAUAUAAUAGAUUUUUCUCGGGGGAAAAUGUUUGUUUGACAGAUUGUAUGCCACUUUAUUUUUUAAAGGAUUGUGCUCAGAUCACAUCUUGAAUUUUGGUUCAUCUUGGCAUAAUUUCUCAGUUUUUGUUCUUUAGGUUUUGUUCACCAUUUUCUACAAAGAAAUAACACUCCUGUCCACUCAUAAACUUGGUACAAGAAAUAGAAACUUGAUUGGCAGUUACUCUUUGGAGCUCCAUCCACUCUGCUCCCCACCAUACAAAGGGCAGUCUGUGGUCAUUUUAACUUACCCUGAUGUGCGGGCAGUAGCCCGAUGGGAUCAUGAGAAGUGGGCCCUGUGUGUCUAAACUGAGUGGGUUGCUGGCUAGUUCGGUAUUCAAAAGAGGAUAAAAAUCUGGUAGAUUAGUUCAUUCUCAGCAUGUGUAGCUAGACAUGAGUAAAGAGAACAGCAUGAGAAACUGUUAGUUCGCAUACCUCAGUUCAAACCUUUAGGGAAUGAGUAAAAGAAAAAUACAUUGCACUCAGUUGCACUUAGUUGUAUGUCUUGCAUGCUUAGUCUAAAGACUGUAGCAAAAAAUAAAAUAAAAAGAGAGAAAAAUUAGAUUUUACGUCUCUUGCGGGUGUCAUGGCCUCGCAGAAGAACCAACUGAAAAAAAAAAAAUCUCAGGCUUUCUUUCCGUCAAGCAAACUUCACUCUGGUUUUUACAGUUCUGAUUCCGUAUCCCUUUGGGUACCCAGUUGCUUCUUUCGGGUGGGGUUUAUUAUGUUGUACAUAUAUAGCCCGCUGUGUCUGUGUGAGCCUUUGUCUUUUUCGGGGGAGGGCGGAGGGAGGUUCAUUUUUUAGAUAUUGUUCCUAAAAAGGAAUAAAUGCAUACACCUGUUUGUCAAAACACCUUUCUUUUUUUUGUGCAACUGCUUUAUAUUAACUAUACUAAAAAUAGCUUUGGAAAAAAAAAACCUACUGUAUGUAAUGGGAUUGCAGAGUGUGCUGCACAUGUAUUUCAUUUAGUUAUCCUUGCUUUAAGAAUAUUGGAUGACAUUUCCUGACAUGUGGGAGAAAAGCCCUGACCCUUUUUUUUUUUUUUUUGGCUUUUAAAUUGUAACAUAGUUGACAGAUUUUGUUUUGUGUUUUUUUUUUCCUGUUAUCAUUGAUUGAAGCAUUUUGUACAGUUGUGGUUUUUUUUUUGUGUGUUAAGCUGGUUUUUUUGAUACUCCCCGCCCCCCUUGUGUUAUUCUACCACUGACAUUUCUGGCUGUCUUCAAUGAGUUCCUAACAUUUGAAAAGGAAAAAAAAAUGUUGUUGAAAAUGUUUUCUCCUGCUGCAGUAAAUAUUUUGCAUGAUGAAAGUCCAGGGUCACACUUUCAAAGUUUAUCAGUGAAGUAGUGAUUAUUAAUGGGGAGUGUCAAAAUAUUGAACUUUUUGUAUAAAAAAAAAAACUUUACAAGGUGCCAAGAUGUAAAGACAAUUUGUUACAUGUUUUUUUUCUCAAAGAAAAGCGUACAUUAUGAAAGUAGUACCAUGUAUCAGGUAAACACGCUGUCAGGAAUGAGGGUCCAGCCUUCCUUGUCCCCAGAGUUUGUAAAUGUGAAACCUGUUUGGUUUCUGCAUUUGACUAGCAGAAAAAUGACCUAUCAAGGCUUAUGUAGAAUAAUUGUGUCUACCAAGCUGGCUGUCACUUUUUUGAUGCUGACAUAGGAUGGUUCUUACCUAAUUCCCAAUGCUCUGUCUCAGAACUGCUAUGGGAUACCUCAGAUUUUCAAUCUACAACUACUGUGUAAAUCACUAGAUAUUUUAUCCAAAAAAAAAAAAACCUUUUUUAAGGGGGGGAGGGGGAGAAGCCUUGAGAAUUCUUGUAGUUUUCAGAUUACAGGUGAGCCCCGUUUCUUAAGAACACAAAGACUGUGCAUAGAAUGGUUUUAAAUCUCUUUGGUACCUUUUAGUUAAUAACUUACACCGAGUUUUGGGGAUGUUUAGAAAAGAGUUUUAGCUUUCUUAUCUCAAGGAUCAAAUUGACAGCUCCAGUGACAUUUCAUGGGCCUGCCAUAGUUUAUGAAAUAUCUGCUACACAUAAGCCUUGAUGAAAAUGGUACAGUCUAGACUGUUAGCAUGGUGCUGUGUGUGUAUGUGCUGCCAGUAACGAGAUUUUUUUUGAUAAGGCAUAAAAGAAACUCAUUCCUUACAUCAACUGUAAUUCCAUCAUUCCAUGUCUGUUGAUACAGACAAUAAAAAAAAAAUGUUGUGUAGUCAGUACUAAUUACUGACAUUAUAGCAUUCUCAAAUGCAAUAAAAAUGCUGGUUGUUCACA